AUGAUCACGCCACCAAAGGCAGAGACGGAGGCGGAGGCGGAGGACGCGAGAGCCGACGAAGGCGCACCGUCUAGGAGCGCCGAGGAGUGGUCGGCAAACAGGGACGGCAGGCCCACAGCCACGUCACCCCUUGCCGAUGUGAAGCCCGCGUACUUUUACCCCAUGCCCUCGACGUCGCAGCAGCCUGCGAGGGAAGACGAUCUACCGGGCGUGCCUGUGUUUGAGCCUACCAUAGAGCAAUUCUCUGACUUUUAUGCGUUCUGCCAGGCGAUCGAUACGUGGGGCAUGCAAAGUGGCAUUGUCAAGAUUGUGCCGCCCCAAGCGUGGAUCGAUGCCUUGCCCACCUUGCUGCCUGCGGCCAAGCACGAGGGAGCGGAUCUGCGUGCUAUCCGCAUCAAGCAGGCCAUUACGCAGCAUUUCUUAUCGGCUGGCCCUGGACGAUGGAAACAGACCAAUGUGACGCGAUCCAAGCCCUUGGACGCGAAGCAGUGGGCCGACAUUUGCAAGGACGCACAGCAUCGCGGGCCCGCCAUGUCCCGCAUCCAGCGUCAAGUGGCAACGAGUCGUGCGGCAGAGCAGGCGCAUGCUCACAGCCGGUUGUACCGUACGACGAAGACCGAGGCGCCAGAGGUGUCCACGGAUACACCACGUAAGCUCACACGCAGUGGCGGCCAAGGCUUAGCGAGGCCGGUCAGCCAUCCACGCAAGCGCCGUGGGCCGCCUGUGACCAAGGACGAAGACUGGGCGCAGUUUGAUUAUCGUGCGAGCUGGCUGGACGAAGCGUUGACCGACGCCGAAAAGGCGGCGGGCGUGCCUAUGUCGCCGGCCGCGUGGGACACCGAGACGUGCCGUGCCAUUGAGGCAGAGUAUUGGCGCACGCUCAACUUGGGUGCCCCGCCCAUGUAUGGCGCAGAUCAGCAGGGUACGCUCUUUGAUGCGCGCACGACGCAGUGGAAUGUCGGCACGCUCGAUAGCUUGCUGUCACGGACGUUUGACUGUGCGCUGCCAGGCGUCACGACGCCGUACCUGUACUUUGGCAUGUGGCGCGCGUCGUUUGCGUGGCAUGUGGAAGAUAUGGACCUGUACUCGAUCAACUACAUACACUUUGGGGCGCCCAAGCAGUGGUACGCCAUUCGCCAAGCCGAUCGAAAACGCUUUGAGUCGGUGAUGGCCGCGUCGUUCCCGACAGAUGCACGCAAGUGCUCGCACUUUCUGCGGCACAAGUCGUUCCUGGUCUCGCCGUCGUUCUUGCAAAGCCAAGGCAUCACGCCGUUGCGGCUGGUGCAGCAUGCGAAUGAGUUUGUGAUUACGUAUCCGUAUGGCUACCAUGCGGGCUUCAAUUUGGGCUUCAAUUGUGCGGAAAGCGUCAACUUUGCGCUUCCCACAUGGAUCGAUAUUGGGCGGCAGGCCGACUACUGCCGAUGCUCCCUCGCGCAGGAAAGCGUGCACAUUGAUAUGGAGGCUUGGUGGCCCACGCAGCCGACGGCGCAGGCUCCAGCGCUGCCGCCGCGUACCUCGCCGACAGAACGCAGACCGCCUUCGAUACCCCCGCCUUCAGCGCUGUACCCGUGUGUAUUCUGCCCCCGCACGACCAGCGAUGCGCUAGUCCCGUUGCCUGAGGCAGUAGGGACGCAGCUUGCUCACGCAGCCGCCUCGAAAAAGUCCCUCGAGGCCAGCGCGCAGCCAUGGCACGCGCAUCAACUCUGUGCGUGUUUCCUACCGGAAUGCUGGGUCGAGCACGCAGGCACGUUGUCAUCCAUGGUGCAGGGGGCAGAGACGAUCGAUCGCGCGCGGUGGGCCCUCAAGUGCCAAGUGUGCGGCCCAGCGUCGAAGACGGCGCGGCAUGGCUGCAAGAUCCAGUGCACCAAAGGCAAGUGUCCGCGGGCGGUGCAUGUGAGUUGUGCGUUGGACGAAGAGAGUGGCUGGUUCAUUGAUCUUUGCGCUACGGACGUGGCCGACCGGCUGGAAGGCGUAGCCACCGCCUCGUCGACCGCUGACGAGCGCCUGGUCGUCCUAUGCCGUGCGCACAAUCCGCUCCGCCUGGAAGCGGAGGCGGCCAAGCGCGAGGCGGCAUGGGCAGAGAAGAUUUGUGCGCUACCGUGCCCUGGCCCUAUCCACAUCAAGACGCAGGGCGCGGUCUGGACAACGACGCUGCGGUCCAUCGACACCGCCACCAAGGAGGUGGUCAUCGACGCCGCGCGGAGCGAUUACACGACGCCGCCGCUUCGUGUGCCGUGGUCGCGUGUAUGCAUGCAAGACGCGGCGGUGCGCGCGAUCGAGCACGAGUACGAGCGGACACAUCAGCCCAUCACGAAAAAGCGGCGUGUUCACUGUGCCGUGGAUGUACCAGCGGCCGAGCCCGAACAGGCAGCUACGUAG